AUGAGUUCGGCUUUCUGUUUCUGCACCGACUUGAAGUGAAAUAUAAAAUAAAAUCAAUAUUUGUGAUCGGUCUUGUUGUAAGUGUUUGCAAGGUUGGGACACACAUUACACACAUCCCAUUAAGCAGAUUAUGAGAUUUAUGACGUUAUAAAGUAAAAGAAUACCAAAAGAGAAACCAAGUGCAAUACGUAAGCCAUCAGUUGAAUAGUCAGAAUGGCCAAUGGACUGUUUAGCAAAACCUUUUUGCAACCUUUUGCGAUUGGAGUGCUGCUGCUGUGCCUGACUCAGUCUCGGGCUCAAGAGUCGGCGACGGUGGCCACCACCACAUCUCCCGAUGAACUGGCUGAUCUCGGCGAGCAGAGCACAAUAACUGCGAUUCCGGAGACAACGACAGAGGUGGGCAUGACAGUCGACAUAGUGCCAGCCACCGAGACUGAGAAUCGAAACGCGGGCUUUGAUCUGUCGGCUGCCAUAGAGGCGGAGUCCAAGGACGCAGUGCAUCUAAGCGAGCAGGAGCUCUUCUUGAAAAAUGCGCUCUGUGAAACGGAUAAAGUUGGCUUCGAAAUUGUGACUGGGUAA